CCCGCAGGAUUCACAGCGCGGACACGCGGAGGAUUAAAGAGCCGCGGUGGAGCCCCGAGUGCGGCGGAAACGCCUUAACGCGCUGGUAAUUACGCAUGCGCAGUGAGGAGGACUAACAGGUGCGCGCGCGCGCGCGUGUAUAGCGCGGGUCUAACCUCAGCAUGUCGGAGUUACAGUUAAAGCGAGCCCCCUCCUGGGAGAUCUCAGACUCGGACCCGGAGGACCAGCCCGGUACCGGUACCGCCGAACCCGGUACCGAUACUACAGAACCCGAGGACGAACCCGGUACCGAUACUACAGAACCCGAGGACGAACCCGGUACCAGUACUACAGAACCCGAGUACCAGCCCGGUACCGGUUACACAGAACCCGAGUACCAGCACGGGACCGGUUACACAGAACCCGAGUACCGGCCCAGGACCGGUUACACAGAACCCGAGUACCGGCCCAGGACCGGUUAUACAGAACCCGAGUACCAGCCCGGUAUCGGUUACACAGAACCCGAGUACCAGCCCGGUAUUGCAGAACUACAGGAGCAGCCUGGUACCAGUACCACCGGACCAGAGGAGUGGCCCAGUACCGCGUGGGUCCAGGAGACACAGAGCACACCACGGACACCAUGGAGUCAGAGCACUCCGCGCUGGGAGGAGCCUGCCCCUGUCCCCGCCCCUGUCCCCACCCCCAGGGGUGUGAGGAGAUGUGCAGUGGGGGGGAGAGAGAGACUGAAAGAGGAGCAGAGGAUGAGGAAGGAGGAAGCGGAGAGAAUCAAGAAACUCCAACCAGAGGAGUAUUUAAAGACCGUCACCGUCAACAUCCACCCAGCAUUGCUGCAGGACUCCGGGUGUGAGGUGUUGUUGAGUACGCUGACAUUUUUGGAGUGGAGGAACCGAAUAGAGGAGCACGACCUCACACACUCCAUCAGCUGGAGCAGAUCACUUCCUGAUGAAGACAGCAGAGUGCUUGAAGAAGAUCAGAUACUCAUGGUGGUCACACAGAUGGACUUCAUGGACAUGAUGAUCUCCAUCAGACAGGCUCUCAUUGGUCAGACGGAGGAGGCGGAGUCUCUGUUUCACCCCCUGAGUGCAUACCUGAACAGGAACACGGGGGCGGUCGUUUCACUGCUGGUGACCGGGGGACAGCUCUGUCGCGAAGUCUCGUCUGAAGCUGAUGAUGGUGAUGAUGAAGACGAGGUGUGUCCACGGUCUCAGUUUGGGCUCCAGCACACCGACAUUGAGGAGGUGCUUGUGUACCUACAGCUCUACAAGAACGUGACAGUCCACUUCCUGGUAGACUGGCAGGAAGUCACGAAUCACAUGUGCGCUGUUACCAACGCCUUAUCUAAACGCCCCAUUAGAACUCUGCGGCAGACUUCUGAUCUGGGGUUCUGUGUGACCGGCUCGUGGGCAGCGGGAGUGCGUGUGGAUCGUAGUGGGCGGGGCCUCUCUCGGGUGUGGACGCGACAGAUACACCAGCUACACCGGGUCAGUGCUGCCAUGGCAGCGGCUGUGACAAAUGCCUACCCCUCCCCCCGGCUCCUUUUGAAGGCCUAUAAGAAAGUGGUGACGGAGGACAAGCAGCGAUUUUUAUUGGCCGAUCUCACUGCGAGAGGCGGGACUAAAGAGAGGCGCCUCGGCCCUCAGCUGUCGAACCGCGUGCACCGGUUGAUGACAUCACAGAACCCUGGGCAGAUCCUGGACGAGGGGUUCGUGUGAACUACAGCCGGAUUAAUAGAAAGAUCAUGGACUGGGGGAACACUCUCACUCUCUCACACACACACACACACACACACACACACACAC